AUGUUAAGUCUCGCCCGUGGGAAGCAGUCCCGUCUGAUGACGUCGAUGACACGACACUGGAUGUCUUCGUCUACUGUCGGUACCGUGCAGUUUCCGUUCCUGAAAGAGCUGGGCUUGAAGGAGGAGAAUCACGGUGUAUACAACGGCCAGUGGUUUGGAAGCGGAGACGUGUAUACUUCAGUGAGCCCCGCUAACGGCCAAGCUAUUGCAAGCGUCCGUGCCGGUACCAAAGAAGACUACCGGAAGGUCGUAGCUGCUAUGGACGAAGCCAAGCCCCAGUGGUGCGACCUGCCGGCCCCUGCACGCGGAGAGAUCGUGCGACAGAUCGGCGAGGAGCUACGCAACAAGCGCGAAGCCCUGGGCAAGCUCAUCUCACUGGAAAUGGGCAAGAUUUUCGCAGAAGGCGUCGGUGAAGUGCAAGAGGCGAUCGACAUUUGUGACUUUGCGGUGGGACUCAGUCGUACACUGAAUGGGUCCGUCAUUCCGUCCGAGCGUCCAGGUCACUUUAUGAUGGAGCGAUACAAUCCACUGAAGGGCCACGUCGGUAUCGUCACGGCCUUUAAUUUUCCCUGCGCGGUGCUUUUCUGGAACGCGGCCUUGAGUCUCGUGUGUGGCAACACACAGAUCUGGAAACCGUCCGAGUCGCUGUCGCUGACAUCGGUGGCGUGUACGAAGAUCAUUGCGGACGUGCUGGAGCGCAAUGGCCAUGCAGGAGCGAUUGCGUCGUUGAUUUGUGGCAGCGGUGCUGAAGUGGGUGAAGCGAUGCUGCACGACAAGAGCAUGGAGCUCAUUUCGUUCACGGGAUCCACGAAAGUGGGUCGUCACGUGAACAAAGUCGUGUCGUCCCGCUUUGGAAAGACCAUCCUUGAGCUUGGUGGCAACAAUGCAAUGAUCGUGGACAAGGACGCUGAUUUGGAGAUGGCACUGCGUGCAACGCUCUUCUCUGCGGUGGGAACAGCCGGCCAGCGCUGCACGUCUCUUCGUCGUCUCUAUCUCCACGAAGAUAUUCACGAUGAUUUCCUCCAGCGUCUCGUGUCUGCAUACAAAAACGUCAAAACCGGCGACCCGUUGGAAGAUGGCGUACUCUGUGGCCCACUGCACAACCCCGAGGCUGUGGAGAACUACCUGAAUGGCAUUGAUUCUAUAAAGGAGCAGGGAGGGAAGAUUCUCACCGGUGCGAAAAAGGUCGAGGGUGAUGGCAACUUUGUGGAGCCGACGAUCGUUUCGAUCGCCCAUGAUGCUGAGAUCGUCCAGACGGAAAUAUUCGCACCGAUCCUAUACGCGCUGAAGUUCAAGACGCUGGAAGAGGCGAUUGAGAAGAACAACGCUGUUCCGCAAGGUCUGUCUUCGUCUCUAUUCACGAAGAAUCAGUCGGCAAUUUUCAAGUGGACAGGUCCGCUGGGGUCGGACUGUGGCAUUGUGAAUGUCAACAUCGGACCUAGCGGUGCCGAAAUCGGCGGAGCCUUUGGCGGCGAAAAGGAAACUGGUGGUGGUCGUGAGUCCGGCAGUGACGCCUGGAAGCAGUACAUGCGUCGGUCAACGUGCACGAUCAACUACAGCAAGGAGCUUCCGCUUGCUCAGGGAAUUGAUUUCAGCUAG